AUGGAUGAUGAUAAUGUGCAGCACUCUGCCAAUGCCACAUCCAGUGCUAGCGACCGAGAAUCACGUAAUUUUGCAAGCAAAGACAAGAAGAGGAGAGUUCGUGAGAAGACCAAGGCACCCAAAGCUGCAUCUGCUGAGGCGAAGUCUAAAGUAAAGCUGCGCAAGGCAGAUGACAGUCCUGAGGAGGAGAAGAAUGCCAAGAAGGAGAAGCGUCGUUCAUUGCUGGACAUGCUGCUCUCUCAUAAGUCCCUAGAGAAACGUAAAGGCAGCAAAGAAAGAAUCGCUGUGGCUACCCAUGUGCACAGUAGCAUUGGUGAGACCCCAACCCAUUCAGUCUCAGUCAUCAAGCAAAGUAAGAAGGGAGGCAAGUUGGAGGAGAGUUUGGAAGGUGCUUUAAGUUCUGAGCUCCAAGGAUUGCAGAUUUCAGUGUUUGACAAGCGUGGAAAAAAGGCAGCAAACGGCGUACCUGCAACCUUGAAGGAAUACAAACAUACCCUUCCUGUAGCACCAAAGGCAUCAGCAUCAGUUAACAGAUGUGUGUCCACUUUUCUUGCAGUGGAUGAGUUUUCGGACUCAGAUGAGAGUCAGAUGUCCAUGUCUACAUUACUGCGGAGAAUGGAUGGUGUGUCAGAAAGCGUAGACGAGCGAGUGGCCCGCAAGCUGCAGCGUGUAGCCAUUCGACAGCAGAAGAGGGCUGAGCAACAGAGACUCCGAGCUGCACAAGAGAUCCAGCGCCGAAUGCAGGAAGUGGAUGAGAGACAGAGGGAGCUGGAAGACCGUGGCAUUGCUGUAGAAAAAGCUUUGAGGGGAGAAGGGCCAGAAGCAGAUGUUGAUGAAAACCAGUUGAUGGGAGAGUGGUUCAGCCUUGUGCAUGAGAAGAAUGCUUUAGUGCGGUACGAGUCGGAACUCAUGGUCAAAGCCAAGGAACUUGAGUUAGAGGACCGACAAGCCAGACUGCAGCAAGAGUUCAGAGAUCGCUCCCUGAUGCCAGACAUGGACAAGACUCCAGAGGACAUUGAAGAAGAAGGCCAACUUCUGGAUGAGCUUCUGGAUGUGGUGGAGCAGCGUAAUGCACUAGUGGCCAUGUUGGAGGAAGAAAGACUCAGGGAGCAACAAGAAGACCGAGAGCUGGAGGACAUGAUGGUCAAGAAAGGCUUCGUCUUGUCCCCUCUCAACUACUCUCGUCAUCUCAGAUCUGCUGUGGAAGAGGAGCCAGAUCCAAACAUCCCCCAGACAUAG